AUGAUAAAAGAUGAAAAAAACGAUCCAAUGGAGACGCAGACUGAAACCAAAGGAAGUACAGUUAAUGGUAGGAAAGAAAGUGUUUACAAAAAGCCGUUAGACCUCGACGAUGUGCUGACCAAUGAGCUCGGCCAAUUCGGUUGGUACCAGAAACGGAACAUCCUCCUCGUUGCAAUCCCGAUGAUAUUCUCCUCAUUUAUCAAUGAGUUCAUUUUCUCCGCUGCUGCAACACCACAUAGAUGUCGCAUCUCAGAAUGUGGUGAAGACGGCAAAUCCCACGUAUACGAUCCCGAUUGGAUCUUGAACGCAGUUCCAGAGUCUGCGUCAGGGUUUGCAAGCUGUGAGAGAUACGUUUCAAGUAAUCCCGGAACCAAUGGCACCUUGGACUAUUGCCCUGUCAAUUUGUUUGAUAAAUCUUCUACUACAGGGUGUGAUGGAUUCGUUUAUGCAAAGGACAAUACUGUGGUUUACGAUUUCGAUCUAGGAUGCCAAGAGUGGUUGCGAGCGUUUGCCGGCACUAUGAGCAGUAUCGGGACGUUGUUGGUACUGCCUAUCACUGGAUACAUUUCAGAUCGCUACGGUCGAAGGUUCGCUUUAAUCAUCAGCGUGUUCAAUUUGGGCUUAUUUGGUCUUAUUCGAGCUUUCUCCGUCAACUACCCCAUGUACCUGGCGCUUCAUCUGAUACAAACUACGCUUGGAUCUGGCACUUACAGUUCGUCAUAUAUUUUUGCUGCUGAACUUGUUGGUCCCAAGUACCGUGUCAUAACAAGCGCCACGUCCGCUACGAUGUUCGCAUCGGGGCAGGUGAUUCUCGGCGCGGUGGCUUGGCUGAUCCCAUCCUGGCGUUACAUGAUCAUAGCACUCCAUGUUCCCUGCUUCCUUAUUAUCGUAUACUACUGGCUCCUGUCUGAGAGUGUACGAUGGUUAUUGUCAAAGAGGCGAUACACGGAAGCUGAAAAAAUAUUGGAAACUGUCGCAAAGGCAAACAAUACGUAUAUCAGUGAGAAAUCUAAGAUGGCUCUAAUGACCCCACCAGAAACUGCUGUCAUUACGUCUGACGCUGAGAGUCCUGGCUUGGUGCGCACCGUAAUAAGCUCCAGAGUUCUGCUCAGGAGAGUCUGCACGACGCCGAUUUGGUGGAUUACUAUGACCUUUGUGUACUACGGACUGUCCAUCAACUCUACUGGUCUCUCUGACACGAUGCAUUUGAACUAUAUUCUAACAUGCGCCAUAGAAAUUCCUGGUUACAUUACCGCCGUUCUUGUCUUGGAUAGAAUUGGUAGAAAAGCUACUCUAUCUGCAGGUUAUUUCCUCAGCGCAGCUUGCAACAUCGCCUAUAUUUUUGUUCCUAAUCAAAUGGCAGUGCCUCGACUGAUACUCUUCCUAGUGGGAAAGUUUGGUAUCUCGGUAGUGAUGACUUCCGUAUAUCUGUUUACCUCAGAGCUAUAUCCAACUGAAUUUAGACACAGUUUGCUUGCAUUCUCGUCUAUGAUUGGUCGGAUAGGCUCAAUCACAGCUCCACUGACACCAGUUCUCAUGGAGUACUGGCAUGGCAUUCCUUCCUUGUUGUUCGCCUUCAUGGCGGUGCUGUCCGGCCUGUUGGUGCUCACGCAGCCGGAGACACUGGGCACCAAGCUGCCCGAUACCCUGGCUGAGGCCGAAGCGCUCGGGAGACCAGAAUCUAAACUCACUAGUUAACAUCAUUACUUAGAU